CCCCGUAGUGUCCUCCCCCUCAACCCCGGCUGUUAGUGCUGUGUGAGUGCGUGUGUGCUCCUGAGCUCGCUCGGCACACAUUCUAUAAAAAAAUAAAAAUACAAAAAAAUUUUAAAAUAUAAAAAAGCCAAAAAAUCAUUUUUUUUUCUUUUUUGUAACAAGUCGGUGAAGCUGGAGUAGACAUUCGUGGACUGGACGGUAACGUACAAGAAAGGGCUGCCUAACGUUAACUCGAACGACAAAAUUUUUAGUCGACGUGUUACUGCUUCAGAAGGGAGGCCAAGUAACGUUAGCUUUGCUUUUAUCGUUGUGUGUCAGAUUUGAAUGACAGUUUUAAUCCCAUUAGAAGUCGACAUUGUGUCAUUUUAAUAUACUCUUAGACAUUUUACUCGAAAACACUGCAACUGACACGCCAACGGUUGCCAACGUUUACCAUCACCAUUCUGCCCCGAACUGACGUGACGCCAGUGAACGUUAGGGAACUGAGCAUUCGUACUGUCGCCGAAAACUUUUUUCGUUAAGCAAAUCGAGCUUCGUCUGAGUACUUUGCUAGUCUCCACAGCCAGACAAAAUGAACCCCAGUGCUCCCAGUUACCCCAUGGCCUCCCUGUAUGUCGGGGAUCUGCAUCAAGAUGUGACCGAGGCCAUGCUGUACGAGAAAUUCAGCCCUGCCGGAGCUAUCCUGUCAAUCCGGGUCUGUAGGGACAUGAUCACCCGGCGUUCCCUUGGAUACGCUUAUGUCAACUUCCAACAACCAGCGGACGCCGAGCGUGCACUGGACACCAUGAACUUUGAUGUGAUCAAGGGGCGGCCUGUGCGCAUCAUGUGGUCGCAGCGUGAUCCCUCACUGAGAAAGAGCGGCGUGGGAAACAUCUUCAUCAAGAAUCUCGACAAGUCUAUUGACAACAAAGCUUUAUAUGACACCUUCUCUGCUUUUGGCAACAUCCUGUCAUGCAAGGUGGUUUGUGAUGAGAAUGGCUCUAAAGGCUACGGCUUUGUGCAUUUUGAGACUCAGGAGGCAGCCGAACGAGCCAUUGAGAAAAUGAAUGGCAUGCUGCUCAAUGACCGAAAAGUAUUUGUGGGUCGCUUCAAAUCUCGCAAAGAACGCGAGGCUGAGCUGGGUGCCCGAGCCAAGGAGUUUACAAAUGUCUACAUAAAAAACUUUGGUGAAGACAUGGACGAUGAGAAGCUGAGGGAACUCUUCAGUAAAUACGGAAAUGCCAUGAGUAUCCGCGUUAUGACAGAUGAUAACGGAAAGUCUCGAGGCUUCGGUUUCGUCAGCUUUGAGAGGCACGAAGACGCCCAGAAAGCGGUGGAUGAGAUGAAUGGGAAGGAGAUGAAUGGCAAACUGAUCUAUGUCGGCCGCGCCCAGAAGAAGGUGGAGCGACAGACAGAGCUCAAGCGCAAGUUUGAGCAAAUGAAACAAGAUCGCAUGACUCGCUACCAGGGUGUCAACCUGUACGUGAAGAACCUUGACGAUGGAAUUGACGAUGAGCGCCUGCGAAAGGAGUUCUCUCCAUUUGGCACGAUAACUAGUGCCAAGGUGAUGAUGGAAGGCGGCCGCAGCAAAGGCUUUGGCUUUGUCUGCUUCUCGUCUCCAGAGGAGGCCACCAAAGCUGUGACUGAAAUGAACGGACGCAUUGUGGCCACCAAGCCUUUGUAUGUAGCCCUGGCCCAGCGGAAAGAGGAGCGUCAAGCCCACCUGACCAACCAGUACAUGCAGCGCAUGGCCAGUGUGCGCGCAGUGCCAAACCCAGUUAUCAAUCCCUACCAGCCAGCACCACCCUCUGGCUAUUUCAUGGCAGCCAUACCUCAGGCCCAGAAUCGUGCUGCUUACUACCCAGCUGCUGGCCAGAUGGCCCAGCUCCGCCCCAGCCCACGCUGGACCACUCAAGGUGUCCGGCCACAACAUUUCCAGAACAUGCCAGGUUCCAUGCGUCCCUCAGCACCACGCCCUCAGACCUUCAGUACCAUGCGACCUGCCUCCCAGGUGCCUCGCAUGAUGUCCACCCAGCGUGUCGCUGCUCAGACCAUGGGCCCCCGACCGGCCACCGCAGCUGCUGCAGCAGCCACUCCAGUGCGUGGAGUCCCUCAGUACAAGUAUGCCGCAGGAGUCCGCAAUCCCCAGCAGCACAUGACUGCUCAGCCACAAGUGACCAUGCAGCAGCCUGCAGUCCAUGUUCAGGGACAGGAGCCUCUGACUGCUUCCAUGCUGGCUGCUGCUCCACCACAAGAACAGAAGCAGAUGCUGGGUGAGCGUCUGUUUCCACUGAUCCAGAACAUGCAUCCCAGCCUGGCCGGGAAGAUCACUGGCAUGCUGCUGGAGAUUGACAACUCAGAGCUGCUCCACAUGCUGGAAUCUCCAGAGUCUCUCCGCUCGAAGGUGGAUGAGGCGGUGGCUGUGCUUCAGGCUCACCAGGCCAAGGAGGCCGCCCAGAAGACUGUGACAAAUUCAGCUGGUGUCCCAAGUGUCUGAACCCAAGGAAUGGGGAACCUUGAGACUAGCUUCACCGAUGGGGAACAAAACAAAAAAAAAAAGAAUUUAACAGUGAAAAAAUGAAAAAUACACAAAACAAAGUAAAAAGAAGUCAAAUAAUAUAUUAAAAAAACAGACAAUGGAAACGAGUCUCCAGCCAGGCUUAUAAUAAGCAGGAACACCAGGCCUGGUUUGCGGAGUUAAAAAGAGAAAAUGCACAAAAAAAGAGAAAAAGUUACAUUAAAAUAAAAAAUGAUCAAUAAUGAGGGGUUUUAGAGGAGAAUUCUGUGACAAAAUAAGAUUGAAAGCAUUCCUUUCUGCCAUUUUAUCCCUUUUAAAUGUUUGAAUGUUUGGGCUGUAGAAGCCUGUUAUUGUGAAAUUUCCCUUGACCUUUGCUUGCUUGAAUAAAACUUAUAAAAUAA